UUAAGUUCUUUUUGAACUAUCUCUUCCCUCUCUCAACAUUAUAUGUAAAUUUUCCCUUCUCAGGGCUCCUUACUUCCCACCUUCCAGCCUGUCCCCUGCCCAGGGGUGGGGCUUUCCUGGCUCUAGGCCCCCACAUUCCAUCUCCCCACACCACGUUCCUGCUCAGUGCUUCACUCCACCCUUAUAGCAGCCGCCUCCAGAAUUCUUGACUUCCUGAACUAAUGAACUUGAGGACAGAACCUGUCUUUCCUUAUAUCCUCCCUUUCUCUUUGUCUCUUAGAUGAGAGUGGAAGCUGUUUUGUUUGAUUUUUUUUUUUUUUUUUAACUCAUGGGAUUAGCCAGCUCAGAGACGGGAAGAGAAUGAGAGCUCAUGGCCCUGAGGAUUGGGUUGUCUCUCCACCCUCAGCCAUGUUUUAGCUCUGGAGGUGCAGUCAUUACUUUCAGAGAUUUGUUGCUAUUUCCAGGUGUCGUAAUCAUUCCUGCGCAGUUGGGUCAACAAGCUCAGGCACAGGGAGACCUCAGAAUGAGGGGGCUCCACACCUCAGAUGGAUUUUUAACUCAGGAACCAGAGAUGUGGGGGAUGGAAUGCGGACAUGGAGCCUGAAGAACUUGGAAUCCUCAAAGAUGUUAAAAGAUGGGAAAAGAGGGACUGAGGAGCCUAGGAUACUGAGACUUGAUCAAUGGGGCAGUGAAAAACAAGCAAAAUUAACUGUAGGAAGAGUUUAUGACUUAGAAUGGGAGUAGUAUGAGACAGGGCCAGGGUUGACAUGGAAGGCCAGCCUUAGGUCCUUCAGACUAAGAGUGACAUCUCUAAAAGGGACCUAUAACCCUCAGGGACUGGAUACUAAAUAUGACUUCACCUCCAGAAGGGCACAUAUCUCAAGGGAAGGAUGGAAGAAUCAUCAAUAAGCCGGGUACCAUCUCGGGGAGGAGUCAGCUUUCUGAAUGUGGCCCGAACCUACAUCCCCAAUACGAAGGUGGAAUGUCACUACACCCUUCCCCCAGGCACCGUGCCAAGUGCCAGUGACUGGAUUGGCAUCUUUAAGGUGGAGGCUGCCUGUGUGCGAGAUUACCACACGUUUGUGUGGUCUUCAGUGCCUGAAAGUGCAACUGAUGGUUCCCCCGUCCAUGCCAGCGUCCAGUUCCAAGCCAGCUACCUGCCCAAACCAGGAGCCCAGCUUUACCAGUUUCGAUAUGUGAAUCGCCAGGGCCGGGUGUGUGGACAGAGCCCCCCUUUUCAGUUUCGAGAGCCAAGGCCCAUGGAUGAACUGGUGACUCUUGAGGAGACUGAUGGCGGCUCUGACAUCCUGCUGGUUGUCCCCAAGGCAACUGUGCUGCAGAACCAGCUGGAUGAGAGCCAGCAAGAGAGGAAUGACCUGAUGCAGCUGAAGCUGCAGCUGGAGGGGCAGGUCACGGAGCUGAGGAGCCGAGUUCAGGAGCUGGAGACGGCUCUGGCGACUGCCAGGCAGGAGCACGCGGAACUGAAAGAGCAGUACAAGGGGCUUUCCCGGUCCCAUGGGGAAUUAACAGAAGAGAGGGACAUCUUGAGCCGGCAACAAGGAGAUCACGUGGCACACAUCCUGGAACUGGAAGAUGACAUCCAGACCAUCAGUGAGAAAGUGCUGACAAAGGAGGUGGAGCUGGACAGGGUUAGAGACACAGUGAAGGCCCUGACUCGGGAACAAGAGAAGCUCCUUGGGCAACUAAAGGAAGUACAAGCAGACAAGGAGCAAAGCGAGGCUGAGCUCCAAAUGGCACAACAGGAGAAUCGUCGCUUGAAAUCGGAGCUGCAGGAGGCCAAGGGCCGGCAGGAGGAGCAGGGUGCGCAGACCCAGCGACUAAAAGACAAGUUGGUUCAGAUGAAGGACACCCUAAGCCAGGCCCAGCAGCGGGUGGCUGAGCUGGAGCCCCUGAAGGAGCAGCUUCGAGGGGCCCAGGAGCUUGCAGCCUCAAGCCAGCAGAAAGCCACCCUGCUUGGGGAGGAGCUGGCCAGCGCUGCGGGAGCCAGGGACCGCACCAUAGCCGACCUACACCGCAGCCGCCUGGAACUGGCUGGAGUCAACGGCAGGCUGGCUGAGCUCAGUCUGCAUUUGAAGGAGGAAAAAAGCCAGUGGAGCAAGGAGCGGGCAGGGAUGUUGCAGAGUGUGGAGGCGGAGAAGGACAAGAUUCUGAAGCUGAGUGCAGAGAUACUUCGGCUGGAGAAGGCAGUUCAGGAGGAGAGGACCCAGAAUCAAGUGCUCAAGACUGAACUGGCCCACGAAAAGGAGGCUAGCCUGGUGCAGUUGUCAGAGAGUAAGCGGGAGCUGACAGAGCUGCGGUCAGCCCUGCGUGUGCUCCAGAAGGAAAAGGAGCAGUUGCAGGAGGAGAAGCAGGAACUGCUGGAGUACAUGAGAAAGCUGGAGGCCCGCCUUGAGAAGGUGGCCGAUGAGAAGUGGAAUGAGGAUGCUGCUACAGAGGAUGAGGAGGCAGUUGCAGGGCUGGGCUGCCCGGCAGCUCUGACUGACUCAGAGGAUGAGUCCCCAGAAGACAUGAGGCUCCCACCUUAUGGCCUGUGUGAACAUGGAAAUCCAGGCUCCUCUCCUCCUGGGCCACGAGAAGCUUCUCCCCUAGUUGUCAUCAGCCAGCCAGCUCCCAUCGCUCCCCACCUCUCGGGGCCAGCUGAGGAUAGUAGCUCUGACUCGCCCUCUGUUCUCUGUCACGGCCCGGACCGUUCUCCCCUUACCUGCCCAACCUGCUACUCCCCCACCGUGGACACCACCCCGAACACAGCCUAUCUCUUUGGUGCCCAGGAGGCUGAGGAUGAGAAGUCCGUCCUGAUGGCAGCCGUGCAGAAUGGGGGUGAAGAGGCCAACCUGCUGCUUCCUGAGCUGGGCAGUGCCUUCUAUGACAUGGCCAGUGGCUUUGCAGUGGGUCCCUUGUCAGAGGCCAGCACUGGGGGCCCCGCCACCCCCCCAUGGAAGGAGUGCCCUAUUUGUAGGGAGCGCUUCCCCGCUGACAGUGAUAAGGACGCCCUGGAGGACCACAUGGAUGGACACUUCUUCUUCAGCACCCAGGACCCCUUCACCUUCGAGUGAUCUCUCCUCCCCCUAGUACAAGCACAAACACACAUACACACACUCACAGACACACAUAUAGGUCUCAUGCCUCUUUUCCAACACAAUGGGCUCCAUGAUAUUCUGUUCCCUAAGAAACACUCCCGUGUGCCGUUUUUAUUCCAAGCUCUCCAACCUCACCUCUCAUACCAGCCCUUUUGUCCAGGGAGGGGUCCUUCAUGGAAGAAUGGCUGAAUUUAUCCCCUGAAAGCGGUUUGGAAGAAACCAGAAUGGAGGAGGCCUCCCCAGGGGGAGGAGAACCUGCCCCUCCUAGCCCUGGUUGCUUCUGUCACUCACCAGCUACUGCAAGCACCACCACCAGUGCGCGCGUGUGCGCGCGCACGCGCGCGCACACACACUCUCACAGUCUCUGAUGCCCCAAAGCCAAUCCCUGGGGUACCCUACCCUCUCUUCUUUGGGGUCUGUGUUUGUUCCCCUGAGUCUCCUCUGGGGCCUGCAUUGAUGCAGAGCAUGGACAUCAUGACCUCCUCAGGUUUCUCAGUUCUGAACUUCAUUGGUUCCUCUUCCUGCCCCCCUCCCUCGCCCCAUUGCCUUCCACACUCCACCCCAGCCUUUUCCAUACCAUUAGAUGUUAAGUUUGGAGGUUUCUUUUUGUAUUUUUGAGGUUUUUCUGUACUCUUAUCUUCUGUCCCUCCAUGCCAACCCCCUCACCCCAGAGUCCUCACAUGGAAAGAAAUAAUGCAUUGUGCCUUCUGUGAGGGAUGGGGGAACAAAGACUCCCAGGUUCUCCCACUUCCCAGCCCUUCCUCCCUCUCCAGGUUCCCCAUAGCAGUAGAGCUUUCUCCCCAGUGUCCCUCCCCCUACCUGUAGUUUGGACAAAUAUAUUUAUAUGGUAUGUAUAACUCUUCUAAUAAAAUGUGUUCUUAUUA